AUGGCCCCGAGGCCUUCAUCACUGGCCUCCAGACAUUCGACCCCUUUGGCACAGACGCCCACCCGACCCCGAACGUCAAUACCGGUAGACGACUUCGAUGAGAUUGCCGGCGAUACCAUUCCUUGCUCGCCUGUGGCUUUUCUCCUGGACCGGGCCCCCGCUGCCGUGACACAGCCUACUCAGAUCCUCAGCCCAAAUCUCGUUACCAUCGGAUCGUCGUCGCCCGUCCAUGAAAUCGAGGUACCGGCGUCGUCACCCUUCCCGCGGGAAAGCCAACCGCCUCGGAUCGGCUCACGAAUCGCGCCUGCUGGCACGUACUUUCGACCCCCGCCACGGCCAGCACCUGCGGCGGCUCCCAAGCGACCGGCUCCUGAGCCGAUCAAUCUGAUAUCGGACGACGAGGACGACGCCGAACCCUGUCGCGGCGAUAUUCAUCCGACCGCUUUCAAAGCCAAGAUUGCCUCGUUCGCGUACAACCCGGCGGCCGACGAGCGACAGACGAAAGUGAAACUGCGGCAAGUCUUCGACAUAUUUGGGGACAGGUUUCCGUCUGAACAGGUCCGGGAGGCGCUCAAGGCGUGCAAGAAUGACCUUGACGACGCCAUCAUCUGGCUUGAGAACCGAGACUCGAUACGGGUCGUCGAGAAACCGGUGGUCGAGAAGCCGGUCAGCCGGCGACUCGUUUCCAAGGGGGCCUUGAAAGGACGCUCGCGCAACUCGUCUCCCCUUUCCCGCGAUGCAUCACCUGCUUUCACCCCGACCCCUCCCAGGCGCGCAAAGCGUUGCCUCGUUCAAGGCUUGCGCCAACGCGACAGCCCGUCGUCUCAACAAAUAGUCGUCGACGAUCCUGCCACGCCGUCCAGCGACGGCCCGCUGGUCAUUGACCUCGUGGAGAAUGACAAGGACGAAUACCAGGCGGAGCCAUCGCCCGAGCCUACGCAGGAAGGCAACGAUCGAGUCUUGGACUGCAUCAACAACAGCACACUCAAGGAGCUGGCGGCCAUGACGGGCAUCAUGGAGGAUCGGCUCGACGCUCUCGUGCAGAGGCGGCCUUUCGAGGACCUGAGGCAAGCGAGGCGUGUGAGUGAGAGCAAGAGGCCCGGGGCGCGCAAGUCGGCCAGAAUAUGCCUCGGAGACUCGGUCGUGGACGCCGUCGAAGUCUUCAUGAACGCCGUGGCCGCCAUCGACGACGUUGUCGCCAAGUGCGAAGUCAAGGCGCAGACCAUCAAGAGCGUCAUGGACGGCUGGGACGUGGACAGCUUCGGGCACGACAAGCGCAGCAUGCGGACGACGCCCGACAGGGACAUGCCUCCCACGCCGACGAGCUUCAGCAGCUCCCGGCUGACGCGUCCGCCCAUCGCGCAGCAGCCAAAGGCCAUGGAUGGCCACUGCGAAAUGAAGCCAUUCCAACUUUUCGGCCUGAACUGGAUGUCCCUGCUCUACAACUUCAACGUCGGCUGCAUCCUCGCGGACGAGAUGGGCCUGGGGAAGACUUGCCAAGUGAUUUCCUUCAUCUCCAACCUGGUGGAGGACUACGGGGCGAAGAGAGGGGGGAAGCGACCGUGGCCCAACCUCAUCGUCGUGCCGCCGAGCACGUACAACAACUGGCUGAUCGAGUUUGAGCGCUUCGCGCCCGGCCUCUUCGUCAUCGGCUAUCGAGGGUCGCAGGCGGAGCGGGCCGAGAUCGCGUACGAGAUCGAGCAGCGGCGGGGUGCCUAUCAUGCCGUCUUGGCGACAUACUCUCAGAUCAACUCGGAAGCCGACGUCGAGGCGAUGCAGUCGUUUGGACUGAACUGCGCCAUCUUCGACGAGGGACACAAGAUGAAGAACCCCGAGACGAAGACCUACCAAGACCUCAAACGAAUCCCUUCAUCGUGGAAGAUGCUGCUGACAGGAACACCGGUGCAAAACAACCUCCUGGAGAUGACGUCCCUGCUCAACUUCAUCAACCCCCACCUCUUCGCGGGCUGCAUGGAACACAUCAGGUACAUCUUCAGCCAAAAGGUCACGGUCCGCGACGUGUCCAACGGCGCGUUCCUGUACAACGAGCGAGUCAAGCGGGCGCGGACGAUCCUGGAGCCGUUCAUCCUACAGCGACGAAAGGACCAGGUGCUGUCGGACAUGCCGGCCAAGGUAUGCACCAUCGUCCGCUGCGAGAUGAGCGCGACGCAGAAGGCCGUGUACGACGAGUACGAGGCCAAGUUCAGGCUCGCGCCCUCGCAGCGAGCGGGCGCGACGCGGGGACGGCAGAACGACCAGAACAACUUGUGGAUGCAGCUUCAGAAAGCGGCGCUGCAUCCGCUCCUCUUCCGGCGCCACUUCAGCGACGAGACGGCCGAGGCCAUGGGGAGGCUGCUGAUGGACAGGGUGCCGCAGACGGAACUUCACCAGCCGGACCUCAAGCACCUGAUCCAGGAGCUCAAGAACGCGUCCGACUUUGAGCUUCACCUGUGGUGCCGAGACUACGCUCGCCUGCUGAAGCAGUUUGACAUUCCCUCGUCGGCCGAGCUCGACAGCGGCAAGGUCGGGAAGCUGCUGGAGCUCAUCGGGCGGUACGAGAGGAACGGGGACCGGGUGCUCGUCUUCAGCAAGUUCUCGCGCGUCAUCGAGCUGCUGCAGGAGGUGCUCGCCCUCCGGGGCAUCGGCCACCUCGUCCUGAUGGGCAACACGAGCGUGUCGGAGCGGCAGGCGCUGAUUGACGAGUUCAACGAGGACGCGGCCAUCCCCGUCUUCCUGCUCACGACGGGGGCGGGCGGCACGGGCAUCAACUUGACGGCGGCCAACAAGGUCAUCAUCUUUGACCAGUCGGACAACCCGCAGGACGACAUCCAGGCGGAGAACCGGGCGCAUCGGCUCGGGCAGAGGCGAGAGGUGGAGGUGGUGCGGCUGCUGUCGUCGCAGACGAUCGAGGAGCUCAUCUACAAGGCGUGCCAGAAGAAGAUUGAGCUCGCCAACAAGGUGACGGGCGCCGUCGAGUACGGCGGCGAGGCCGAGGAGAACCUCGAGAAGGAGGUGCGGCGGAUGAUGGAGAAGCAGGAGGAGAUGACUCCGCCGUGA